AUGGAAGGCGAGGAAGCCAGCGCAACUGCCCAGCGCAGCCCCGGAGCGAAGGGCGCCCCUCUGAGGGGCAGAUUCUCCCGGCAGCUCAAGAGACAUCCAGGAGUGAGUCACCUCUUUCCCGCUUGACCCCUUAGCCUAAGAGUAGCGACCCCCAACCCCACUCCCCCGCCCACUUGCACAGUAGCCCCAAACCCUCAGCACCCACAACCCUAAACCUUUAUUUCCUUCUCUCGCCGCCCCCUGCGCAGAAAGCACUGCUGAGCAUCGCCGCCUUCCCCUCCGCUGCAGGCAGAAAGUCGCCAGGUGCAGCUUCCCCCUAA